AUGCCAAGAACUACUACGGUGAACAAGACAAAAACUCCCGUCACUCGUAUUACUCAGGCCUGUGAUAGCUGUGUGCGCAAGAAAUGUCGAUGCGAUGGAUCUCAGCCCAUGUGCACGCCUUGUAGCAAUAGUGGAACUCAAUGCACUUAUUUAGUCUCGCAUAGAAAAAGAGGUCCAGUUCCUGCUGAAGCUAAAUCUCGAUCGAAACGACUGUUUACUGCUGCAGUGGUUGCAAACAACAAUCUGGCCAGUGCUUCUAUUAUCAGCACAACUGAUUCCACUACUCAUGACACUCAAUCUGAAUCUCUAAACAGCCAUGUGGUGAGUAAACCUUCAUAUGCACUAGAACCUGUCUCAUCAGCAAUGUCGGAUGUUUCUUUACUGUUCAAUCCCAGCCUUGCAUUUGAUGGAUUUUUAUCAGCUGAACUGGCCAAUUUUCAACAAACUCCAAUUCUGCAAGUUGCAACAAAUUGUGCAUUGACUCCUAAAACCUCAACCUUGCCGUUACUGCAGCUUGAACCCAUACAAUCUAAUUUCACAUCAUUACAAAAGGCUCCUAUACGACUCGAGCUGGUUCAUAUAUUUUUCAUGUACUUUCAUCCUUAUUUUCCUGUUCUAUGUCGCGAGCGGUUUUUUGAAAAUAUGCAUCGUGUUCAUCAACUCCUGUUAAAUGCCAUGUACUCGGUUGCCUCUCCUUACUAUACAUAUGCUCUGUUGUCACACACUAGAGUCGAUCAAUUUGAACCCAUGUACUCGUGUGGCGAUAAUUUUUACAUGCAUGCUAGAUUACUUGUUGACGAACAUUUAGACAAUCCAGACAUGUACACUGUAGCUGCCGUGUUGAUUCUUGCCAUCAAAUCAUGUAUGACUGGGCGUGGGUCUGCUACGUGGAUGUUGCUUGGAAUGGCUGUUUGGAUGGCACAGCAACUUGGUUUAAACAUUGAUCCAUCUAUUUUGGGUGGAUUUUCUGAUCAUCGAGAGCAAGAUGAGCGUCGGGCUUUGUGGUGGAUUUGUUACGAAGUAGAUCGUAGUGUAUCUGGCUUUGCUGGGAAUCCUGGGUACAUCAAGGAAGAAGAAUUUGAUGUUCGUAUUCCAGAUUACCGCAACAUAAACGAGGUUGAAGAUUGCAUGGAGUGUAGUAUUACACCAUCCAAUAUCAUGGGAUGUGCCGUUCUAAUGACGGCUCAUGGCCAUUACAUUCAUCUAUUGCGGAUCUAUACGCGAAUCAUCACCUACAUUCGCGAUUGGCUCAGUAUCAAUACAAUGGAUCCGACUACUUGUCCAAACACAAUCGAGCAAACCAACAUACAAACACUACUCUCUGAAUGGUUUUCACUACUUCCUUUUUGGAUGCAUGCCUUUUCUCAACCCACUGCAUGCGGUAAAUCUCCACAUAGUGAUACUUACUUUCGCACCUAUAUUCACAUAUUCUUUCAAGUCUGCAUCAUUAAAGUUCGACUGCCCAUCAUUUUGCAUUAUAUUGCUAUAGAUGGUAGUAGUUGGCGAGUGGCAAAAGAUUAUUCGGUGGUCACACAGGCAGCCCAUGCUGUUACAUCAAUUCUUGUCGAACUUCGCAGACAAAACCCAUUCUGUCACUACAUGUCUCCUUUUAUCUCCUACUGUUUAUCGAUUUCUGGCAUGGUUCAUGCGCUUACUAAACAAUACGAUAAGCUUGAUAUUCAUAUUGAGGCAUUGGCUACUCUUGGCAAAUUUGUAAAUUUGGGCAAUUUGGAUGCAACCAUGUUGACAACGCUCAAGAUUUCUCCAAUAGAUGUAUGCGUGCGAGCGUUAAAAAAUCGACUUCAAACCACCUGUCGUCAAGGAAAACAACCCGGAUAA